AUGAGAGACAUCACCAGAGAGAUACAAUCAGAGUCAGAGUCAGAUUAUUACCUAGAAGAUGAUGAUGAAAUAAGUAUAGUUCCACAAGUUGAAUUAACAGUGUCUAAAGCCGAUGAUCCAACUUCACCGACGGUUACAUUUAGGAUGUGGGUUUUGGGCAUAACCUCUUGUGUGCUCUUGUCAUUUCUCAACCAGUUUUUCUGGUACAGAUCCAAUCCUUUGACCAUCUCUUCUGUUUCAGCUCAGAUUGCUGUUGUUCCCAUUGGUCAUCUCAUGGCUAGGGUUCUUCCUACAAGGAUAUUCUUUCAAGGGACAAGGUGGUCUUUCACUAUGAACCCUGGUCCGUUUAGUACCAAAGAACAUGUUCUUAUAACUGUGUUCGCAAACUCAGGCUCUGGCUCUGUUUACGCUAGUCAUAUCCUUAGUGCUGUUAAGCUUUAUUACAAGAGGAGGCUUGAUUUCUUGCCUGCUUUGCUCGUUAUGAUCACUACUCAGGUUUUGGGAUUUGGUUGGGCUGGUUUGUAUAGGAAACAUUUAGUUGAGCCUGGUGAGAUGUGGUGGCCAAGCAAUCUUGUUCAAGUUUCUCUCUUCAGAGCAUUGCACGAGAAAGAGAAGAAAUCGAAAUGGGGAAUUAGUCGUAACCAGUUCUUUGUGAUUACACUCAUCACUGGCUUCUCCUAUUACCUUCUUCCCGGUUAUCUCUUCACGGUGUUAACCACUGUCUCUUGGUUAUGUUGGAUUAGCCCUAAAUCGGUUUUGGUAAACCAGCUCGGUUCAGGGUCAUCCGGUCUCGGUAUUGGUUCCUUUGGUCUAGACUGGACAACCGUUGCGUCAUACCUCGGAAGCCCGCUCGCUAGCCCAUUCUUUGCCACAGCAAAUAUCGCGGUCGGGUUCUUUCUUGUGAUGUACGUAAUCACACCUCUCUGUUACUAUUUAGAUUUCUACAACGCCAAAACCUUCCCUAUCUUCUCAAGUAAACUCUUUGUAGCAAACGGUAACGAAUACAACAUCACGAGCAUCAUCAGUCCCGAUUUCCGCCUCGAUCACAAAGCUUACGCAGAGAUCGGACCAAUCCACAUGAGUACCUUCUUUGCUGUUACGUACGGACUCGGUUUUGCGACCUUGGCUGCCAGUGUUGUCCAUGUCCUGAUCUUCAAUGGCAAAGAUCUAUGGACUCAAAGCAAAGGAGCAUUUCAAAAAAACAAGAAAAUGGAUAUACAUACAAAGAUCAUGAAGAGGAAUUACAAAGAAGUUCCUCUCUGGUGGUUCCUUUCGAUAUUCGCGGUGAAUCUUGCAGUUAUUGUCUUCAUAUGUAUUUACUAUAAGACACAGAUUCAGCUUCCUUGGUGGGCAGCUUUCUUGGCUUGUUUCAUAGCUAUCUUCUUCACUCCUCUUGUUGGUGUUAUCAUGGCAACUACUAACCAGGCUCCUGGUUUGAACAUUAUCACAGAAUACAUAAUUGGGUAUGCAUAUCCAGAGAGACCUGUUGCUAACAUAUGCUUCAAGACUUACGGAUUCAUCAGCAUGUCUCAAUCUUUGACUUUCCUUGCUGAUUUGAAGCUUGGUACUUACAUGAAGAUCCCACCAAGAACCAUGUUCAUGGCACAGGCUAGUCUUAAUAUUUCUCACUCACAUACAUACAAUCUUGUCUUCUUCUUACUAGAAAAGUUGCUGACAAAUCUAUGGUUGUUACUUUCACAGGUUGUAGGCACUCUAGUAGCUGUAUUCGUUUAUGCAUUAACAGCUUGGUGGCUAAUGGCUGAAAUCCCAAACCUCUGCGACACUUCACUUCUUCCACGAGGAUCUCAAUGGACUUGCCCAAUGGAUCGAGUCUUCUUCGACGCAUCAGUAGUUUGGGGACUUGUAGGACCAAGAAGAAUGUUUGGUAAUCUUGGAGAAUAUUCAAACAUAAACUGGUUUUUCAUAGGAGGAGCCAUAGCUCCAGUAUUGGUAUACUUAGCCACAAGGAUCUUCCCAAAGAAGAAAUGGAUCUCAAACAUUCACAUCCCGGUUCUGAUCGGAGCCACGUCCAUGAUGCCACCAGCUUCUGCGGUUAACUUCACGAGCUGGCUUGUUAUGGCUUUUGUGUUUGGACAUUUCGUGUAUAAGUACAAAAGAGAAUGGUGGCAGAGAUACAACUAUGUUCUGUCUGGAGGAAUGGAUGCAGGAACUGGUUUUAUGUCUGUGCUUUUGUUCCUUGCGUUGCAACGUAGUGGGAUUGUGCUUAAUUGGUGGGGAACUUCUGGUGAAGGUUGUGCUGUUGCUAAAUGUCCUACUGCUAAAGGUGUGGUUGUUCAAGGUUGUCCUGUUUUUUAA